AUGGCUAAAAGAGCAGGACUAGGAGAUGCAUGUGAAGGUGCCGGGGAAAGAGAAAAACGUCAAAGGUGUCCACAAGUAUUUCAGAAGAUUUUGUCACGUAAAGACAUAGAAGAAAGUCAUAGAGUGUAUAUACCCAAGUCAGAUGCUGCCAUAUCCCCUUGUCCCGGAGCUUUUGGUUGUCCUUCAAUUGAACGCAGAGUUGUUGAAGUGGAUCUUAUUUUCUAUGACAAUGAAAGGAAGCCCUGGACAAUUCGUCUCCGCAGCGACGGUGACAGAUAUUGUCUCACCCGAGGGUGGACCCAAUUUGCUCGUGUGAAUAAUCUAAGUGAAAGAGAUAUCGUCACGUUUUAUGAACUCAAGUCUCGCAGAGGAACCGAGCAAAAAGCCAUCAUGGUUGGAGUAACUUGUAAUGGACGUGUUCAGCUUUUCGGAUUAGAUUUGACAAAGACCCAAUCCUGA